AUGGCAGAUAUUGUAUAUAGUGCUGAAUCAGAAGAGUACAGCAGAACAGAGAUCACUCUGAUGCAGAUAGAGGCAUCAUGGCUGAUAAAGAAAGAGGUACCUGUUGUCUGUAAACGUGUAAAGAGGAUAUUAGAAAGAUGUGUAAACUUGUUGAGACCAGAUACACAGAGUAGCAAGGCACAGAGUGAUAAUGUUGAUGACUCUACAGCGACUUCACAGACAUCAUCAAAUACAGUGGACAUUAAUAAUAUAUUCUUCAAUGCCAAGACUGCCACUGCUUCAAUCCCAUCAUCUCUCGGUCUAAAUGCAACUAACCUUACAUCAUCAAGAAGAGGCAGUUCAGACACUAGAGCAAUCGAUAUGUCGGCAGCUUGUAAUCAAGUCAACAUUGAAGAGUUGGAUGACAUCUAUCAAGAUCAAUCAAUCGAGAACAAACCAAUCAAUAUUGAUACUCCAGAGGGCACAAGAGGUACAUUGCAUAUCAAUGGAUGGCUAGUAGAGUCACCAGAGUUGAUGAUCAGGUUCAAUAAGCCUGCCAAACAGAACUACACUGUGCCAGUGUACAAGACAUUGAUCAAUAAGUCACAUCCAUGGAGAAUACAACAGAUACAGAACUCGAACAACUAUCUCCACUUGAUCCUCACAGAGAUCAACAGUCUGCUCGUCUUUGCCGAGUCGUACACUCCACUCGACAGCUAUCAAUUGAACAAUCAUCAUGGUCAUCCAGGCAAUCACCUGUCAUCUUCAUCCUCAUCAUCAACCAUCUCUCAACAACAACAACAACAGCACGCUCAGGCACAGGCUCAACAGCAACAGCAACAGUCUCAGGGACUGUCCGCCUCGCAAUCUGGAUGGGUGCCAUCGGGCAUGAACAAGCAUCACAGCAACAGUCUGCCCGAACUGCACUCUCUUGUGGAAGCAUUCGGUCGCAUCAGUGAAUGGCUGCAGAUGGCACGCGAUGAGCUGUUGCUGCCCAGUCGCAACGUGUUCCCAAACACAAUGUACCAGCCAACGGUGUUGCAGCCUCCCCUCCCAUUCGAAAUCAACGUAAACCUGACUGUAUCCAACUGCGAGCUGGUGUUUAGCGUCUAUGAGCUGCACAUCACAUCGACGCCGCUGGACGGUCAGCGCGGAGCACAGAAUCUUGCCGAUACCAACAGUCCAUCAAAGUCAUUGCGCAAGUCUCAGAAGCUGCAGCCGACACUCUCAUCGUCGUCAAGCUCCCUUCAGCUCUCCAGUGGGUCAGUGCCCCGCUCAUCGUCGCCCGCAUCCGGAGACUCAACAGACGCAUCUAAAGAAUCUCAAGAGACAUCUCAUGCUCACAAUAUUCCACCAUUCCAAACAACCAAGGGAGGAAGUGCUCAAUGGGUCACAGUUAUCGAUCACUCUGAGUUUAGACAGGCCAUUCCAACACUUUUGACCUCAUUCACUCUGUUGACCAAUGCAUAUGAUAUUCUUGCCGAUCUUGGUGAGAAGUUGUUGGUUCUAUCCAACGUCAACUGA